AUGCGAAGAAGCGCGCCGAGCAGUCCGGGGAUGGAGAGGAUGGCUUGUCGACGCCCGUCCGGAGAUCAAGCUGCUCGGCGUCUUUUCACCGAGGUCGCAGGCCUGCGGUUUGUCGGUCGGUCUGCUCAUGUCACUGGCCAGCUUGUGGCUAUAUUGGGAGGAUUUGUUUCAUUUGACUUGUCUAUUGUAUUCGGAAGCAGGUUUGAAAUAUUGUAUCGGAUAAAUUAUUUUUUUUUUCAACAAUGUCAAAUGUAG